CCCGGCGGCUUGACUGAACGGUAUAACGAGAGACGACACGCAAAGACAGAGUCGUGCAACCUUGCGUGGUUGACACAACGGGGGAAAAUGUCGGGGCAGACUCUGACGGAUCGCAUUGCCGCUGCGCAAUACCAGCUCACGGGCUCCGAAGUGGCGACUCGUGUCUGCAAAGCUACCACACACGAGGUGACGGCGCCCAAGAAGAAGCAUUUGGAUUAUCUGAUAUCAGCCACCAAUGAGACGAACGUCAACAUCCCUCAGAUGGCCGACACGCUGUUUGAGCGGGCCACCAACGCCAGCUGGGUGGUCGUCUUCAAGGCCUUGGUCACCACGCACCACAUGACCAUACAUGGCAAUGAGAGGUUUAUCCAGUAUCUUGCCUCCAGGACUUCUCUGUUCAACCUCAGCAACUUCAUCGACAAGACUGGCACCAGUGGUUAUGACAUGUCCACGUUUAUCAGGCGGUACGCCCGCUACCUGAACGAGAAGGCCUACGCAUAUCGCCAGAUGGCCUUCGACUUCACCAGAGUCAAGAAGGGCGCUGAGGGUGUGAUGAGGACCAUGACUCCUGAUAAGCUGCUGAAGGCCAUGCCAGCGCUGCAGACCCAGGUGGACACUCUGCUGGAGUUUGACGUCCACCCCAAAGAUCUGAACAAUGGAAUAAUCAAUAUGUGCUUCAUGCUGCUGUUCAAAGACCUGAUCAAGCUGUUCGCCUCCUACAACGACGGCAUCAUCAAUCUAUUAGAAAAAUAUUUCAAGAUGAAGAAGUCCGACUGCAGUGACGCGCUGGAGAUCUACAAGAGGUUCCUGACCCGCGUGACCAAGAUCUCUGAGUUCAUGAAGAUCGCGGAGCAAGUUGGAGUUGACAAGAAUGACAUUCCUGACAUAUCUUAUGCUCCCAGCAGCAUCCUUGAGUCUCUGGAGACACAUAUGAACAGUUUGGAAGGGGAGAAAGGAAAGAAAGGGUCUCCAACAAAGGGCUCUCCGACCAAUAACGCGUCUCCGACGUCCACCCCGGCCAAAUCUGCCACCGCCGUGCCCACGCUGGGGCCCCCCCCUGCAGAGAAGGCCGCAGCCGCCGCCGCUGCUGCCCCCGCACCAGAAGAACCCGCCACAGACUCUCUGCUGGAUCUGGAUCCUCUGGCGUCCACUGGACCCUCCACAGGAGCCUCCUCCGCACCCACCAACUGGGGAGAUCUGCUUGGAUCAGAGAUGGGUUCCCUCUGCACCACCGACGCACUACAGCCCGACUCCUCCUCCCAGCCGGUAGACUCCGCCCCUUCCCCGGCCUCAGCCAAUGCCAGUGCAGGUACGGAGGCUGAGGCGGCCGCCGGCAGUUUGGCUCCUCCUUCUGCUGGGGCCGCCAGCCAAUCGAAUCUCCUGGGAGAUGCGUUUGCCACUCCGGCAGCCGACGCCCCUGCCACAGCCGAGGGCGGGGCCUCAUCUGCCACGCCCGCUCCUGCCGCCGACGCCGCUGCCACUGCCUCUGCCCCAGCAGCGGCAGCAGGAAGUGGAGAUGCCCAGCCGGCCGCAGGAGCAGCAGCAGCAGCGCCCCCUAGUGCAGGGGCUGACCUCAUGUCGGCUUUUGAUGGCCUGGGUGAUGUCUUGAUGCCGGCAUUAGCCCCCCAGGCGGGCGCCUCCCCCAUGGCCGCCUCUCCCGUCAAGCCUGACCUGGAUGCUACCAUGGCUAACCUGGCCAGCAAUCUGAACAUGGGGAACCAGAAACCGGCGGACGGUGCUGCAGGCGGAGCCAACUGGUCAUCUCCUCAGGUAGCUCCUCCCCAGUGGGGCGGUCCCAUGGCAGGCUCCCUAGGGGGCUCUCCUUAUAUGGGCGCUCAGCCUUCAUUUGGCAUGCCUGGUGCGGCGGGUGCGGGUGCUCCCAUGAUGCCCGGCUCCCCCAUGAUGUUCCCCCAGCAGCCCAUGAUGAGGCCGCAGUUCCCUGCUGCCGGAGGAGCCGCGCCCGGAGGCCCGAUGAACCCUGCUAUGGCUAUGAGUCCCCGGAAGCCCCCACCCCCCAAAGACCCCCUGGCCGACCUGAACAUUAAGGACUUCCUAUAGACCUCCUGUAGAACCGCUCAGUAACCCUGAUUGGAGCCCUGUUUAUAUGGAUGUGUGUUGUUUUUCUCUCUCUUUCUCUGUGGUCAAUUACCCCCCACCCCACCUAAACGCCCCACCCCUGUCUAAUGUUGUAGCACAAACAGUGAAUGUGAACCUGUACAUGUGUGAUUGUGUGUGUGUAUUUUAAAUGUCAUCCUUUACUUCAGUCAGUGAAGAUUAAAUGCAAAAUGAAAAUAAAUGAAACUAAAAACAGAAAAGAAAAGAAAAGAAAACCAUAUUUAGCUAUGGUGCCGUCGUUACUUGGGCAGACCUGGCCCUGACAGAACGAAUAGCCUACAUAUUUUCUGUAUGCUUCCUUGUAAUGCUGGGGUUGGAAAUGUGGGGCGGUUUUCUGUGAUCGAACGAGUAAACACAUACACAAAUAAACAUGUACACAAGUAAGCAAA